AUGUCGAUAAAUGGAAUAAAAACAGCGCAUAUAUCUGCUAGUAGUUCAGAUGGCUCGGACGAAGAGUGGCAGAAGAGUGGACGUAACAAGGGAGAAGGUACAUUUGAGUCCAGGGAGGGUCAUCACUUCUACCGGCCGAUUGACAGCUAUGAGGGACUGCAUCGCUGGGAUCCGAAUUUUCAAUGGACGGAACAGGAAGAGAAAAAGAUUGUCAGGAAGAUUGAUGCUCGUGUCUGCACGUUUGCCUGCGUGACCUUCUUUGCAUUGCAGCUGGAUCGAGGAAAUAUCAGCCAGGCACUAGCGAGUACGCUUCUGGAAGAUCUUGGAAUGACAAGCAACGAUUAUAACUUGGGUCAGACGGUUUUUCUGAUCUGUUUCUUGUUGGCUGAGAUGCCGUCACAGUUGCUCUCGAAGAGAAUCGGCCCGGACCGUUGGAUUCCUAUUCAAAUUGUUGCUUGGAGUUUGGUCGCGGCUUGCCAGGCCUUUUUGAAAGGGCGUGGCUCGUAUUUGGCCUGUCGAGCUCUGCUAGGAUUCCUAGAAGGCGGGUUUAUACCUGAUACGAUUCUUUUUCUGUCUUUCUUCUACAAAUCUAGUGAGCUUCCGAAAAGACUGACCUGUUUCUGGAUAUCCUAUACCGUUGCCGGAAUUAUCGGCUCAUUUCUAGCCUUUGGCUUCCUACACAUCAAAGACGCCAACGGCAGCGGUGCCUGGAGAUAUUUAUUCGCGUACGAGGGUCUUAUAACUGGCGUGAUUGGAAUCAUCGCUGCAUUCUGGAUGCCGGCGUCACCUGUACAAACCAAGGGAGGAUUACGCGGUAAGGACGGGUGGUUUACAGAGCACGAAGAGAAGAUCAUGGUAAACCGCGUGAUUCGGGACGACCCUAGCAAGGGCAGUAUGCACAACCGACAAGCGGUCACCCCACGGCGCUUCUGGGAGUCGCUCAAGGAUUACCACGUGUGGCCAAUCUAUGCUCUGGGUCUCAUUUGGAUGAUACCCAGUACACCAUCCCAAAAUUACCUCACGCUACAACUGCGGUCCCAGGGGUUUACGACGUUCCAGACCAACUUGUUGACAAUUCCAGCAGCUGUCAUUGCGAUUAUCACCAUGAUAGCAAUUACCUGGGUUGCGGAGCGUACAAACCAGCGCCUUCUCUGGGGCGCAGCAGCCGAAGUCUGGAACCUGGUACUGCUCAUUGCGCUGGAGUUGCUUCCUCAGAAAAGCAUGCCGUGGCCUCGUUGGGCGAUCCUUACGCUUCUUGUCGGUGGGCCGAGUAUUCAUCCUGUUGUGGUCGCGUUGACUUCACGGAAUGCCGGAUCUGUGCGGACUCGCACUGUUGCUUCUGCGUUGUAUAAUAUGUCUGUGCAAGUGAGCAACAUUGCAGGUGCCAAUGUGUACCAAGCAAAGGAUGCGCCAUACUACAAAAAAGGAAACAAAGUUCUUAUUGCAUUGGCUGUCGCCAGUGGGUUCCUUUUCAUCUUCGCCAAGUUCUACUACGAUUGGCGGAAUAGUCAAAACUCUGCAAAAUGGGAUGCUAUGACAAGCGAGCAAAGAGAGAUUUACCUGCGUGAAAACCCGGUGUUGACUAACAAGAGAAUUGACUUCCGGUUUGCUCGUUAG